AUGGAAAGUCUUCAUUCGAAUAUAAACGCAAAGUUAACUACUAAUAACAUAAAAAAGUUGGCUAAAAAUAGGAUAACAACUAUUAGAGAUUUUCUUGAAGAAGACGUUGAAAGAGUAGCUAACAUUCUUCAGUUAGGAUUGCCAUGCAUUUUAGAAAUAAGAAAUAAUAUUUUUGAACACUAUUCAGCUCCAUUACUUUUAGGACCUUCCUUACUUGAAAAUUAUUCAACAAAACAAAAGUUUCUCAAAACAGGUAUAAUAAGUAUAGAUACAAUUUUGGAUGGUGGAUUGCCAAUUGGAUUUAUAACAGAAAUUUGUGGAUUGGCUGGGUCAGGCAAAACUCAGCUAUGUUUACAACUCUCAAUUAAUACUGUGAAAUAUUCUCAGAAAGUUGUUCUUUAUAUUGAUACGAAAGGAGAUUUUUCUGCUAAUAGGAUACAAGAAAUAAUAGAAGCUCAAGGAUUGUCACAUAGGGAAAUGGCUAUAAUUAUGUUAAAAAUAAAAGUAGCUAAUGUAUUUUCUAUGCCAGAUUUGCUACAUUUAUUAGAGAAAAUUAAAACCAAGGAAAUAGUUCUUGAUAAUUUGUCUUUAAUUAUAAUAGAUUCAUUACCAAGUUUAAUGCUGCAACAUUUUGGAGAUAACAAUAAAAUUGGUUUAACAUUUUUAAAUCAAUUUGUUAAUCUUUCCCGAGAAAUAAGUAAAGAAAUGGAAUUGUGUGUUGUAUGUGUUAAUAUAGAAACGCGAUGGGUAGACAUUGACCAAACUGAUUUAGAUGAUGAUUAUAAUACAAAUUUAACAGUUCAAGAGCCUUCGUUUCUCGAGAAAAAAAAUAGAUGCUUAGGAAAAUAUUGGUGUAAUAUUCCAGUCUUAGUCCUAACACUUGAAAGGAGUUUGAUUGAUAAAGGCAAAGAUAGUUCAAAUAUUACUGUAUCACUGCAAAACUUCAACAAUUUGAGCGACAACUCUAAGACCAUAUUUUUAUCCAUCAAUAUGCUAGGUGUGACCUGA